ACAAAAAAUGAUAAUUAAAUCUUAAAUGAAAUGACAAUAACUGGGUAAAAAAACAAACACGAAAUCCAAAAACAACAACAUUGUACCGGAACUAAAUUGUUACGUUUGGAACGAUAACAAACGCCAAAAAAAACGUGCCUGAUGAUGAAGAAAUCCUCUCAUAAUCAUCAUCAUCAUCACCAUCAUCAUCAUCGGCAUCAAGAAGACGAUCCUGUUAGCCACAAUACGAAUGUGAAUGAAGUUAAUGAUGAUGAUAAAGGUGGUGGUGGUGGUGGUGGUGGCAAAUGUAAAAAAAGGUCGAAUAAACAUCAUCAUCAUCACCAUCACCAUCACCAUCAACAUCAACAACAACAACAACAUCGAACAAGCAACAAAAACGAGUUAAAACAUCAAAAAUCUGUUACAUCCAAUGAUGAUGAUAAUGAUGGCGGCGGCGAUGGCAAAGAUGAACUAUCAGACUCUACAGUAACAACAACAACAACAACAUCUAAAUCAACAUCAACAUCAACAACCAUUGGCUCUUCAGAACAUGAUUUGUCUAAUGCAACAGCUACUAAUGUAUUAGAUAAUAAAGAAAAUAAAAAUCUUCUUCUUCUUCGGGCUACCGAUGAUGAUGAUGAUGAUGUCCAUGCAACAAGUAAUGUUACCAUUAAUAGAUUAUCAUUGAUGCAACAACAGCAACAUAAACACCAUCAUCAUUAUCAAUAUGAUCAUCAUCAUACUGAACAACUAUUAAAUAGAAGACCAUCUCGUACAUUAAGCGAACCAAUCGAUGAUUAUGAUUUAAAUGUACGUUCAAAAGCAAUAAACCAUAAUAAACCUCAUCAUUAUCAUCAUCAUCAACAUCAUUAUCACCAUCCUAAUCAAUCACCAUCAUCAUCAUUUCAUCAAUAUCAUCGAGCUUCUGUUGAUCCAUAUUUAUUGGAAGAAGUGGCCAGAAAUCUUGGUUAUUCAUCAACAUCUUUACCAAAACAUCAACAUCAACAACACCAGCAACAUUAUUCAAUAAAUCCAGUAUUGAAAAAUUUUCAAAUUACAAAUUGUAAUGAUAAUAACAUGUCUAUGGAAUCAUUAGCAUAUCUUCAACAACAACAACAACAACAAUUAGCCGGUAAUAUACCUGGUGGAUCAAUGUUUUCAUUGAAUACAAUUCCAUUCAAUCAUCCUUAUCAUUAUAAUAAUUAUCAUAAUAUAUAUCAGCCACAACAACAACAACAAUAUCAUCAACAACAACAACAACAACAACAAAGAUCAUCAUCACCAUCAUCAUCUUAUUAUCGAAAUAAUAAUAAUUGUUGUCGUGGGUCGAUAUGUAAUGAUUAUAUGAAUAUUGGUGGUGGCGUUGGUGGCGGUUAUCCUUCAAUUUCUUCACCUUAUCAUUCGAAUCCAUAUUUUUGUGAUUCACAAUUACAUCAUGUAACAAAUACAACACCAUCAUCAUCGGUAAACAUGAAUAAUAAUAAUAAUAAUAAUAAUAUGGCGGGAUCUUAUUAUUUGAAUAAUGAUUAUAUAACUAAUUCCUCAUCAAUGUUAACUAACUCUUAUGCAAUGAAUUUUAAUCAUUCAUAUCCUAAUCUUGCUUCAAUAUUACCACCAACAUCAUCAUCAUUACAACAACAACAAUCCACAAUUCAACAAAAUAAUUCAUAUUUAAGCCAAAUAAACCUACGAAAGAUCAUCAAUAAUAAUGGUAAAAACAGCAACAAUAAUAAUAACCCUUCAGCACAAACAACAGAAUAUCUAGUUGAUACAAUCAAUACAAGUCCAGAUUCAGUAGCAAAUAAUAAAGUUAAUAAUAAUAAUUUAUUUUAUUCAUCAAUGGAAAAAUCAUCAUCCGAUGAUCAUCAACAACAGCAUGUAAAACAACAACCAAAUGAUGAACAACAAUAUCAACAUUUGAAUGGAAAAAUGGAAAAAAUUAUUCAAUUAGAAUCAAUGAUAAAUAUAUUAAGAAAUCAAUUAUUUAAUACUGAAGAUUUAUUUAAAAAAGCAUUAAUAUCAAAAAAAUCAUUAGAAAAUGCAAACUGUGAUCUAUUGACAAUAGUGGAUAAAUUAAAAUUGGAUUUAAUACAUUUUGAAAGUCAACAAAAAAUUUUAAAAGAACAAAAUUUGAAAAUUGAAAAUGAAUUUGAACAAUUGAAAACACGUUUAUUGGAAAAAGAUACUGAAAUAUCAUCAUUACGUUUGACAAUGGCAAAAAUUGUUCGUACUACUGGUUAUGUAUUAUCGGAUAAUGAAUUAUCAUUACUCAGAGGUAAAACUAUUGCAAGUGAUUAUAUUAAAAAUAAAAUGAAAGAAAAUUAUCAUGAAUUGAUGUUUGGCCCAUUUGUACGAAAUACAAAUUAUUUUUAUUCAGAACCACCAUCUCGUCGUGAAUCAAGUGGUGGUGGUGGUGGUAUCUUGUCGAUAAGUGGUGGCCGUUAUUCACCAGUAGCACCACCAAGAUCACAUAGGAAUAAUAAUCAACAACAACAACAACAAUCACCAACAAUAGCCGACCAACAACAACAACAAUCAUUAUCAAUUCAUAAUUCACCACCGAUGAUGAUAGCAUCAUCAUUCGAUAACAAUCGAAAUCAUCAUGAAGAAGAACAACAAUCAAAACAACAACCAAUGUUAAGACGUUCAACUUCAUUUGAAGAUAUGAAGAUGGAUAGUCAACAUUUGUUGAAUGAAAAUAUUAAUAAUAAUGAUCAUCAUCAUCAUAAUAAAGAUAAUAAAAAUUCAUUUUCAACACUGCCACAUAAUUCAAAAGCAAUGAGACAAAUUCAACGACAAUUUGAAUUGGAAAAUAAUCAUCAUCAACAUCAGUCAGCCAUCACAACAAAUCCAAUGUCACAAUCAUUGAUCGAUGAAGAACAAAUGAUGAUGAUGAUGAUGACGCCGAAUAACAAUAACAAUAAGGCAUUUUCAACACCUAAUUCUCCAAUGAUUACACUUAAACCACAGCCAAAUCGUCCUCAUCAUCAAAAUAAUAAUAAAGAAUCACCUGGAUUUGGUGUUACAUUUGGUAAAAAAUUUUGUUGGUUGAAGAAAAGUAAAAGAGCAGCCAGUGCGCCAGAAUUAGCUCAAGAUGAUGAAAUGAUAUCACGCAAUAAUACAGUAAUUACUCCACGAAUCAAUUUGGAUGAUUCAAAACCGAAAGGAUUGAGAAGAAUUUUUUCCAGAAAACGAAGCACAUCUUCAUUGGCUGGAAUUUCGGAUUCAUUUUCACGUGGUGGAUUACGAGCUACAUCUGGACCUAGACUUGGUUUUAGUCAAGAGAAAAAAUUCCAAAAUGUUAACAUACCAUUUUCAAAUUGGGGAACAACAUUGGUGGCCGAUUGGUUUGCUUUAAUCGGAUUGGGAAUGUAUGUUAAUGAAUGUAAACGUUGGUGUAAAGAUGGUGAACAUCUAAUGAAAGCAUCAUCAUUGGAAGUUGAAAAAGAAUUGGGUAUUAAAAAUUCAUUACAUCGAAAAAAAUUACGAUUAGCAGUUGCUUCGAUGAAUGAAGAGGAAGAUGACCUAUUGAAAUGUGCUGGAAAAUUGGAUUAUUUAUGGGUAGCAAGAUGGUUAGAUGAUAUUGGCCUACCACAAUACAAAGAAUCAUUUAUUGAUGCACGUGUUGAUGGUCGUGUAUUACAUUAUUUGAAUAUUGAAGAUUUAUUUCAAUUAAAAGUGACCAAUCAAUUACAUUUUGCCAGUAUUCGUGCAGCUAUACGUGUUCUAAGAGAGAACAAUUACAAUGGACAAUGUCUUAAACGAAGAGCUGGCCCGGAUGAAGUGAAUCAAAAUGAAUGGAAUAAUUCAGAAGUGGCUGUAUGGUCUUCACAUCGUAUAAUGGAAUGGUUACGCAGUAUUGAUCUAUCUGAAUAUGCACCAAAUUUACGUGGUUCAGGUGUACAUGGUGCAUUGAUACUUUAUGAAAAUGCAUUCAAUGCAGAUCUAUUUGCUACAUUGUUAAGCAUACCGUCAAACAAAACAUUAUUACGACGACAUAUUUCAUCAAAAUUUAAACAAUUAAUUGGUGAUCAAUUAAGCAAAAUGAAACAAGAAUAUGAAUUGAUGCCUAAUUAUCAACAAUUGGUACCUGGUGCCAAAAUCAAAGCAUACAAAAAAGGACAUUUUACCCUGAGAAAGAAACGUGCCGAUUUUGAAUUAACAGAUUAUGUUUGUCCAAUGGGUACUGUUGUUCAAACACCAUUAACGAAAUAUAGUGCAUUACGUGAUAGUAAUAUAAUGAGAAAUGAAUCAAUAAAAAAAGAAGAUUCACCAAUCAGUAUAAAAAGUGAAGACAAUGCUAUUGUAGAUCGUUUAUCAUUGAAAUCUGAAUCAAAAAAAUCGAAUACUAUUGAUAAUUUGAAUGAUGAUCAACAUUUAAAUCAAAAUGGCAAUCUUACCGACAAUAUUGAUAUUGAACGUAAAUCAGACCAAAUCAGUGAUUCAAAAUCAAGUCCUGAAAAAGAAAAAUUAUCUAGCUAAAAAAUAAAAUUAUUUAACAAUUACAUUUGUAUUUUUGAACUGUUAUUCAGGGAAUAAAUAUAUUCUUUAUACACACAG